CAUUAACAGGCACAGCUACUAAAUUUGAUGAUGCUUCUAUGGCUAAUAUGAUAUUAUUAGUACAAGUUGGUGAAAACUUAUUGAAGAAAUCAGUUUCCGAAGACAAUCAUGAAACCUAUGAGGUAGCUCUAAAGAG